AAGCUACCCUUUACCUGAAACAAGGAAACUGCCAACUCUUAAACAAAAGUACCACCCGAUACUAUAUAACAAGAAUGCAAGCUGUUCAGCCUUCUACAAGCGAUAAGUUAAAGAUGGGAGCUAUUAUGGGGUCGGCUGCUGGGCUUGGUAUUGGUUUCCUUUUCGGUGGCAUGGCCGUGCUAAGAUAUGGUCCUGGUCCACGCGGUUUUUUAAGAACUUUGGGUCAGUAUAUGCUUACUUCUGCCGCUACAUUCGGUUUCUUCAUGUCCAUUGGUUCGGUCAUUCGUAAUGAGGAUAUCCCUCAAUUGGAAUACAAAGGCGUUGAGUGGACGCCAAGGUUAAUGCAACAACGUUCAAUCUAUGAUCGAAUCUUAGCAGAAAGCUCCCGUCGUGGGGAGACUACAUCCAACACCUCGAAUUCUAAGUAGUUCAAUACUCGUAUUGUCUAAUUUUUCUUAGAGCAGAUGAACGACUUGCAAGUAUUAGCUGACAGUUUUGGUUUCAAAAAAAUUAGAAAAUUUUGAUCCGUUAAUUUUGGAUUGAUUCUAAUAUCAGGCUUUGUUGAAAAAUAGGCACUAGCACUAGUAUACAUCGUGAAAGUCGUAAUGAAUUUUCUAAUAAUGUCUACAAACUUAUAUCACCAA